CUCUUAAAAAAAAAUAAUUCUUUUUUAAUGAAUUUGAUUGCGUAGUUAAUAAAGCGAGAAGUUUCUUACAAUGGGUAUUCAGGAGCACAGCAAGAGUUCGGGUCGAACUCUGAUGCAUUUGGGCAUCCAGGCUUCACCGAUGAGCGGGUUUCGAACAAAGGAGCAUGGUUCAUUGAGAGAAGACCUUGCUCCCAAGGUUAGGAAGCCUUACACAAUUACGAAGCAGAGGGAGAGGUGGACCGAGGAAGAGCAUGGGAGGUUCCUAGAAGCUCUGCAGUUGUAUGGUCGAGCAUGGCGACGCAUAGAAGAGCACAUAGGCACGAAGACUGCGGUCCAAAUCAGAAGCCAUGCUCAAAAGUUCUUCUCCAAGGUGGUUAGAGAGUCAGCUUCUAAUGAUACUGGUCACAUUAAGGCAAUUGAGAUCCCUCCUCCUCGGCCUAAAAGGAAGCCAACGCACCCGUAUCCUCGUAAAAUGGGUAAUUUUCCGACCAGUGAAGGCCUAACCGUAGGCAGCAGGUUGGGGAUAUCCUCGUCAUCGAGCCCGUCUCCCUCUGAACACGAGAAUGGCUCGCCGACAUCUGUUCUAUCUGCAUUCGGAUCAGAUACUAUGAGUUCAUUUCUCUCGAACCUCCCAAGCAACUGCACGUCAUCGCUGGGUACUUCUGCUGGUGGAUCAAAUGAACAAGAUGCAUCAACUGAGCAUAAGGAAGCUUCAUCAGAGGAUGCACGGGUGCCUUGUCUCAAGCUUUUCGGAAGGACCGUGGUGCUGAACUCUAAGUCGUCGCCUAACGCGAACAUUAACAGAAGACGAGGUAAAGGCGGCCCUUUGGAUAUAGAACCCCAAGCUCUACCUCUUCACAGAGGAGCAUCAAAUGGAGAUGUUCUUCUUCCUCCGGAUAAAAGCCAAAGCCCGUGGUCUUCGUAUGGCGACGCGACGAAUCCUAUAGAACCGAGGAUCACUCUCCCUUGGUGGGGGGCUUGGUAUGGAAACUCACCGCUCUCGUUUCUUCAUGAGAAAAAUCCAAGUUCAGUGCAGUUCGUAGGCCAACCUUGCGAUCGAGCAAUGCAGAAGGAAUGCUCGUGGAGUCAUUCAAACACGGCGAGCUUGAAGUUUGCAGGGAAUGGAGAUGAUGGUGAUAAAAGAGGGUUUGCGCCCUACAAGAGAUGCGUUAUGGAGAGAAGAGGAGAGAGUACCCAGGGGAUGAGUGAUGAUGGAGAGGAUCAAUCAAUAGGACUGUGCUUAUAGUUUGCAGAAUUAGCCCAUCUAUU